AUGAACAACUUAACCCAUCAAGAUUACCCAACAGAAGGUUAUUUACAGCUUUUUCACAACUUUCAAGAACUUGGCUCCUUAAGAAAGUUGGAACUCAGCUGGUGCGACUUGGGAGAUGAACACAUCGAUAUCGGCUCUGGUGUUUGGGAGUUGCCCAACUUGCAAGAACUCAAUCUAAAAGGAAAUAAGUUUUCACGGUUAAAUUUCCAUCGCUUGCGACUUCCUCGACUCAAAUGGCUCAACGUGUCCUACUGCUCUAAACUUGUAGAAUUGUCAGAGAUUCCAUCAAGUAUAGCUGUUGUUAUUGCGGAUGAUUGUAGCUCACUUGUAACCUUUGGAGAUAUUUCAAACUGCAAAUGGUUGUGGAAACUCUCGCUUCGUGAGAGUUAUGUCGUAAAUCCACGUGAUGGUGAGACAUUAUUAGACUCCAUGCUCCAGGGGAAUGCUAUCAAAGAUCACUUUAUCAGUGCCGCUCUUCAACAUCAGAUUUCAAAGAAGCUUGCAUAUGAUUGGUACAAUGACUUUUGUGGAUUCUUGAUACGGAUUGUUACCAACAACAAACUUCCGGAUAUUAAUGUAAUCUUGACGCAUGAGGUGGAUGAAAAAGAUUCUCGAUUUGAGAUUUGGCAGCCACAUGAGUCUUAUGAAGCACCGGAGCGUGAAUAUGAUUUCAAAGUACAGACGUAUGUGGGAUAUGUUACGUUUAGUUCAUUGAGGCAGACCACAUCGUUGAAUUCAUCAUACAAUAUUAUUUCAUUUUCCAUUGAGAACACGCUUACCUGGAGAUCAUUUGGAGUACUUGGGCUCGUUCCUAGGGACAGAACAGAUGAUCCGGUGCAAACAACAAAUGUUGCAACAGAUUCCUCAGAAUAUUGGAAUGAUGAACUGGAUAUCCGAAAGGCAUUUACGAUCCAACAUGAUUUAUACUCUUUUAUCCAGAUUUUAUGGCAACCAUAG